CAUGUAUUCAGAAGCGAUUUUACAAGACUUCAUUGGCCAAUUAUUUGCUUGAUGCUCUUCAAGCACGUGAGGAGACAAUUUUCAACAAUCCAUUCAUGACCUGCGCAAUUUAUUUAGACCCAAGGUUCAGAAAUCAAAUUACUUCAAAUUUUGAUAAAACUGAAGAGGCCAAGCGAAUGUUCUAUGAUUUGUGGCAGCGAGUAAAAUAUCGAUUCGAUCGUGAACAAACAGAUCAACAACAAAACGAGACGCAACCAGACAUGUUUUUUGAGUUUAAUGGCGAUGAUGAACUUGACAAACUUGGUGCUUCAAUUAACAAUGGAACAGCAGAAUUCGAUGCAAAUGGGAAUUGCAUUGAUAUUGAAGCUGUUUUAGAUAAAUAUCAACCAGAUAUUUUAUCAUCAAAGAACUCUGUAUUAGAGUUUUGGGAGGCUUCCAAAGAUACUCAUCCAGAAUUAUACGAAUUGGCGAUGAUGAUCUAUUCUGUUCCGCCAGCAGAAGUACAAAUUGAAAUAGACUUCUCACAUUUGAAUCAUGUUUUCAACCUUCGCAGAGGGCAACUUCAAACGGAACGGCUAAAAGAUAUAAUGUUUAUUCAUCUCAAUCCUGAUUUGUUCUACUUAGUAAAAGCCGAUGAAUUGAAAGUUGCAUUUGAAAAAGUCCAAAACGAAGAAAGUCAAUAG